AUGGGAAAUUGUAUUUAUAAGUUUUCAAUUGAUCAAAAAGGUAUUAUAUAAUAAAAAACUAUGAAGCUUAGACUCAUACUUAAAUUGAAUAAAAUAUAGUAGAAGAUGCUUUAAAAGAUGAAGUAAUAUAGUCUCCUCCAUUAAUUGAACCUAAAAAAAUAAUUACAAAAAACUAUGAUGUUGUAUAAGAGAGUAGUGAUAGUCAAUCUGGUAAUAUUUUUAGUUCUCAAACUUCCAAUCCAAAAGUAAAAUAUCAAUAGGACCUAUAACUUUCUCCAGACAUAUUGGUGAGAAACUAAAAGGAAGGUGAAAAAUUUUCAAUUCAUUAUGAAAUAAGAAGAAAAUUAGGUUAAGGAGGAUUUGGAUCAGUUUAUGAGGUGAGACAUUUAAAAACAAAUUUAAUUCGAGCAGCAAAAGUAAUUUCAAAAUAAGCAGUAGAUGAUGAGUAAGUUUUAUUAUAGGAAAGUGAGAUUUUGAAGGAUUUAGAUCAUCCAAACAUUGUUAAAAUACUUGAGAUAUUUAGUGAUGAUUAAAAUAUUUAUAUAAUCACUGAAUGUCUAUAAGGAGGUGAAUUAUUAGAAAGAGUAAGGAUAAUCACCAAUUAUAAUGAAAAUAUUGCAAAAUAAUACAUGUAAUAAAUAUUAUCUGCUAUGGUUUAUUGUCAUAAAAGAAAAAUAGUGCAUAGAGAUUUAAAAGUAUGAAUAAAAUUUAAUUCAGCCUGAAAACAUUUUAUUUGAUGACAAGGAUAUUAAUUCGAAUUUAAAAAUAAUUGAUUUUGGUGCAAGUGAGAAAAUGAUUUCAAAAAAAUUAACAACGAAAAUAGGUACACCAUAUUAUCUAGCACCUGAAAUAUUAAGACCUAAUGGUUAUGAUGAAAAAGUUGAUGUUUGGUCUUGUGGAGUAAUUCUUUAUAUAUUAUUAAUUGGUAAAGCACCAUUUAGAGGAAAGAAUUAAAUAGAAACCUUAUAAUUAGCAUAAAAAGCGCAUUUAGAUUUUAGUGGUAUAUUAAUAUAUUAUUAAAAGGUAAUCAUUGGAAUAAAGUAAGUCCAGAAGCUAUUGAUUUAAUUAAACUUAUGAUUUAAAAGGAUCCAUUAAAAAGAAUUUCAAUGAAAGAUGCAUUAAAACAUUAAUGGAUUUUAAAUUAAUCACCAAAAAUUAUUUAAUUUGAUUAAGAUUUCUUUAAAGAUAUUACUAAAUUUAAAGGUUAUAACAAUUUAAGAGUUGCUAUUAAUUAAUUUGUUACUGUAUAAAUUUCUAAAAAAGAAGAAAAAUAAAAAUUCCUAGAAGUAUUUAAGUCUUUAGAUAAGAACAGAGAUGGUUUAUUAAGUUAGGAAGAAAUACUUUAAGGUAUGCUUAGUGUUUAAAUGGAUAAAAUUGAAUCAUAAUUAUUAGUUAAAGAAAUUAUGGAUAAAAUUGAUACAAAUCGUUCUGGAAGAGUUGAUUUUACAGAGUUUCUCACUGCUUCUAUUAUACAAGAAAAAUAAUUAUUUAAAGAAAGUCUUAGAAAUGCAUUUCGAUUAUUUGAUUUAGAUGGAAAUGGAUCUAUUUCAAGACUUGAAGUAUAAGAAAUUUUUGGAGGAAUUUAAAUUGAAAAUACAGCUUGGUAAGAUAUUUUAGCAUCUUGUGAUAAUAAUUAAGAUGGACUUAUAGAAGAAGAGGAAUUUAUUGCAUUACUUGAAAAUUUAAUAUGA